GACAGAUCAUCGAUUGUUAAAAACGACCUUUAUCACGCAACUCUGGCAAAAUUCAUUCGCGUCUACCCUUUGUUGUAUAAAACUCAUAAGGCAUUAAGAGUUGAAGUUUACGGCUACGCUAGAGGUAGGAUGUGACUUAAGUUAGGGCUUGUUUACAUGGAGAUGGUGGAACCCAGAUAGGUGGCGUAACUGUGGCGGGUCUCCCCACCUAACAUGUAAAAGUGAUCAAAUUAAAAUGAGAGAUUAUAUGGACAGGCGGGUUACCCCACCUAAGCGGGUUACCUUACCUACCUGGGGUCCCCCACCUCCAUGUAAACAGGCCCUUGGAUCACAUACAUCUCCCCAUGUAAGGGAAUCCAAGACAUUCUUGGAUCAGUCUGGAUCCCACGCUUUUUUUUGGAUUCCUAGCCUGCGUCACAGACGUGAUUUAACCUUGAUAAAUAAAGUCUGCGCAGCAGCGCCGAGAUCCUUGUUCUGGGUCCCCAACGUAUUCAACGAAUUACCGGAAGUGGGCGCGUUUCGAAUUUCCUUUCAUCCUGACUGGCAAAUCGAUAGUGGCUUCUUUCAACACGAAGGCGCGCUAUAAAUCAAUCACGGCGCGUGCUCAAACCCUGGUACACAGGUAAGGGCCCAGAACAAGGAUUUCGGCGCUGUUUCGAAGACGGACUAAACCAGAGUUCAGUUUCGUCUGUAGCGCAGGCUGCGGAUUCCCUGAGCUGUAUUUCGGAUUCCAAAGCCCAGGAUUUACAUUUUCACAAUCAAACACUUCCCGGAUUCAGUUUCAAAAACAGGUCGUAACCCACACUCCAUAUAAGCGGGUUAGACGAUGUGUGAUAAUAUACAAAGUUAUUGUUCUAAAUUAUUUACUCUGAAAAGGUGCACCUGCCGCUGCCACUUUUGGAAAAUAUUUCAUUGAUUUUCCCAACGUUUUGUUAAGAGCUGCUUUCGGUUUGAAGUAUAACUGUACCUUGGAGAUCAGUUCUUAUAAAAAACGAUGCAGAAAAAAAUCCACUAGACUCUUUAAAAGUGUUCUUGUUGCGGGUUAUGCCGAGGUAUCGACAACCCGCAGACAUCGAAAGCAAUUAAUUAUCAAAAGGUUUUUUUUUGAAGGAUCAUACUUAACUGAAUGUCCCUCUGGAUUUGACGCUGACUGCGUUCCACAUGACCCACUUAAUCCAAAUUGUAAUGGUAAGAAGUAAACAAACUGUGUUUAAUAUAUAAGAAAAUAAAUAGCUUGCUUUCAUAGCUAUAGAGACAUUUACGAGCUAGUGUUCCCUUUGUAAGACUUUCGUCAGAGGAACCAUGUUUCCGCAGGGCGGAAACGUGACAGAUAUAAGCAACUCUAUGUUUCUAUCGAGUUUACAAAAAUACGGGAACACGUUAUUUCGUGCUGUGCCGUGUCAAAUGCUUUCGACAAUCAAAAUAUAAGUCCGUUGUAUACUCAUAGGUUUUCAAUAGGGUCAGUUAACUCAUUUUAUUUAUAAUCUGAAUCAUUUCUAUGGAACUCACUUUGUUCCUUGCCAGAGUCUAUGUUUAACAAUAUACUAUGAGCUUAAAUGGAAGGAUUGUAAGUUUUCUGUGCUUUACAUACUGAAAUAGACCUUCUAAAUGUCCUUAGUUUUUUCCUGGUUUAUUAUGCCAUUUGAAAAUACUUGUUUGGCGCGAAUUUCACCAGUGGAAAAUUCCCCCGGCGACGUGAUGAACCAAUAGGAGAAUGAGUUCCUGACACAGCGUAUGUCAAUCAUUUUCUCCUCGUGAAUUUGUAAUGUGAUUCAAAACCAUUCAGGAAAGUCGACUUCGUGAUAUCGUCGCUCGUUCGGUCGCUGGGCGACCUCGUUGAAGCUCGCUUUGCUCACUUUUAAGAACUUAUGCUUGGUCGACUUAUGGCAAGAUAAUACUGUACAUAUCAAAUGGUACAGCUACGCCAUUUGCUAGAACAUGUUUUUUUCUUUUUUUUAUUUAAUUUAUUAUUUGAGCUAAAUUUACAUCACACAAAACGUAUACAUAUUACAACUUGACGAAACAAACAUAAAAAUAGCUGAGGUUACAUUUAUGCUUGAAUUCGCUUAGCUACUUACAAUAAAAGGAAAGGACGGUGAACGGUGGACGGUGGAUGGCUCAACUUUGCAGGACACAUGGCUAAGUCAAAGCGAUUAGCUAGAGAGUAACCAGUGCAAGCAACAAAUUUAAAUAAGAAAAAAUUUCCAUUUGUUUGAAAAGACGGUGAAAUAAUUACAGCGGAGUGCUUCUUGUUUUUCCAUCUCCAUGACGGAAUUUAGUUUGCCCUUAAAAAGAGUCAUGGAGGGAGACGUACCUGCAAGUUUGCUCGAGUAUAUCUGAUAUCUCCCAAUAAGAAGAACGAGAUCAAUGUCGGUAGAGGGUGCAAAUUUAGAGAGUCCCGUCAGAUGUAAAUCGGUUAGUGCAGUACUCUUGAGGCCCUUUUGAAUUAAAAAUUGUUUAACAUCGUUCCAAAAAGCAAUUGUUGCCGAACAUCUCAGAA